AUGCACUGGCACCGUUAACCUGAGCCGCGAUGAAGACAGCACCAGACAGCAAACGGUGGACCCAUUUUCACUCAGCACUACAACUUGCCAUAUCGCGCUCAGCACACAAAUGGACAUACGAAGAUUUUCAGGAAUGCUUCACGCUCUGGUGCAAGGAAGAGCCACAUGGUGCAGAGGGUAUUUUUAACACCGUCUCGAGGCAUAUGGAGGAUCAAAUACACCAAAGCUGUGAGAAUUUGUUCAAGGAGUUCAAUGUAAGGGACAGUAUCAACAUUCUCCAUGCUGUCGUCUCGGAAGCCAGAGCUCGAAAACAACGUGGAGAAAUACAUGGCAAGGAUGUAUGGAGAGAAAACCUCGCACCACGUGCUGCUGUUCGUGCACGUACCGUCCGAGUGAUGGAAUCUGAAGUAGAGCGUAUACGAGCAGAACUGCAGGCUCUUGAGGAAGAGAAUGCUGCUCUGUACGCCCGGUGUAAGGAUAAUGACGACAAACAGCGUGCUGCAGAUGCUAAGACGGUGGAAUUAUUGGAUAUCCUUGAUGAUGUUUACGCGAAGUGGAGUCAGCUCCCGCAGGAUGAAAUAGGAGUAUGGGCUCUUGAAUCAGCAGAGAAUGUCGGCCUCGCGCAACCACCAUAGAUUGCGCCACGAUAUGAGUUUAGGGAGAUAGUAGCAGUCCGCUUUUUUGGUUGAUGAUUACUGCUGUACAAGCUAUUGACAAAGUGUACUGGAAAGAGUAUUGUAAUCUAUUAAUUUGCACCCCAGAAA